AUAAACCUAAUGAGAGGGAAAUAGAGGUGUCGAUAGCUUAUUAGUAUCGUUCCAGUUUUUAGAGAGUAGGUGUUGAAAAAGCAGAUUCCUCCAAGGCCCAUUGGCGGAGAUUUCAACCCAUUUGCCCCCAAAACCAUUUCUUCUUAAAUUCACAAUCUAGGGGAAAAAAAUUUUCAGAUUCAUAUACAGAAGAAAUCUUUUCUCUAGAUCUCUCUUUCAAGAUUAUACAAGAUGGCAGCAACAUCGGCCACAACCUUUUCAAUUGGAUCAGCUGUCUCCUUUGGCCCCAAAGCAAGUCAACUUCCACAGUCAAAACCCUUUGCAGUGAAGUUCAAUUCCCAGAACUCACUUGCAAGCUAUAGUGGUCUCAAGGCAUCAACCUCUGUGAACUUUGAAUCAGAAUCAUCCUUCUUUGGCAGGGAAAGUGUUGUGGCACUUCGUGGAUCUUUUGCUUCAAAAGCCCAAAAAUCGAGCCCAAGGUCACAGCAUCACUUAAGCCCACAGGCAUCUUACAAAGUGGCAAUUCUUGGAGCUGCUGGAGGGAUAGGUCAACCCCUUGCACUUCUAGUCAAGAUGUCCCCUUUGGUUUCAGCCCUGCAUCUGUAUGAUAUAGCAAAUGUCAAGGGAGUUGCUGCUGACCUCAGCCAUUGUAACACUCCCUCGCAAGUUCUGGAUUUUACUGGGGCUUCUGAGUUGGCCAAUUCUUUGAAAGGUGUAGAUGUUGUUGUUAUACCUGCUGGGGUUCCAAGAAAGCCUGGUAUGACCCGUGACGACCUCUUCAACAUCAAUGCCAACAUUGUGAAGACCUUGGUUGAAGCUGUCGCUGAUAAUGCUCCUGAAGCUCUCAUCCACAUUAUCAGCAAUCCAGUUAACUCUACAGUGCCAAUUGCUGCCGAAGUUUUGAAGCACAAGGGUGUCUAUGAUCCAAAGAAGCUCUUUGGUGUUACUACACUUGAUGUUGUUAGGGCAAACACAUUUGUUGCUCAGAAGAAGAACCUCAAGCUCAUUGAUGUCGAUGUCCCAGUCGUGGGAGGACACGCAGGGAUUACCAUUCUUCCCCUUCUGUCCAAGACGAAACCCUCAGUUAGUUUCAGUGAUGAUGAAGUGAAGGAGCUAACUGUGAGGAUCCAGAAUGCUGGAACAGAAGUUGUGGAAGCAAAAGCUGGUGCUGGGUCUGCUACCUUGUCAAUGGCAUAUGCAGCAGCCCGAUUUGUCGAGUCUUCUCUCCGUGCACUCGAUGGAGAUGGUGAUGUCUAUGAGUGCUCUUUUGUGCAGUCAGAUCUUACCGAUCUUCCAUUCUUUGCAUCAAGAGUAAAAAUUGGAAGGAAGGGGGUUGAAGCUAUCAUUUCAUCCGACCUCCAAGGUUUGACAGAGUAUGAGCAGAAGGCGCUGGAAAAUCUAAAGCCUGAACUGAAAGCCAGCAUUGAGAAAGGCAUUGCAUUUGCUCAGAAGCAACCGGUGGCAGCAUAGAGAGUUAGUUCACAGAGCCCUAACUACAGUAAAAUGCGGGUCUUAACAAAGUGUGGCAAAAGCUGAUAAUAUUUUUGUUGUGAUUCAUCAUAGCAUCAGCGCAUCAGUUUUGUAGAAUUUUCUUCUCUUUCAUUUAUCUUUGUACGUCAUGGAGCACUUUUUACAAGGAGCUACUUGGAAAAGUUAUAUUAGUGUUGUAGAUUGAAAAGUUGCAGUCAUUAUCAACGAGAGCUUGUAAUAAUUGUCUCUUUGAAUAACACAGCUGGUGCACUAUAUUACAGAAAAACUCGAGGAAUUUUUUGUAACAUCCAUCUCUGUGUCUUUCUAUAUGCAUAGGAACGCACAGAUAUGAGUUAAAUUUGACCCUGCCAUUGAUUCAUUUCUUUUA